GUGUGUCUCUCUGUCAGACCUUCACCAACACAAGACACCAGACUCUCCAGCUGUCAUUUAAAAUCAGCCUCCUUUAGGUUUGCCUGAUCAAACCCAAACCAUGGGAAUCGCCCUUUGUGUUUAACCAGACCUAAAGAGAGAAAUAUAAUCCAAAAAAGUGGAUACGAUGCUAAAUGACCACUGAGAUUCAUGAAGAAUAAGGAAUUAAGAAGAGGAGAUGAAUGGAGCAUCUGCCCACACAGCAAGACAGAGCGUGAGUGAAGGUCGAUCUUAUUGUUCUUCCCCCUGUGGCAAACAUUGUGACUAAUAACGAAGUGAGGCACGAUGAGUGGCCGUAUCUGGGCUGCAUUGCUCUUUCUGUUCAUGUGCUCAGAGCUCGGGGGAAGCAGUGCUCGACUAAAAAGAUGGAAGAGUGAGGAAACCGCAAGGAAAGAAAGUGAGGUGGAGCAUCUAGAUGUGGAGGAAAGGCAAAGUGAGAUGCCAUUUACCAACACAGCAGGAACACAAAGUUUGGCAAAGAAAAAUGAGGAUAAUUUGAUGAUUUCACCAAAAAGCAACAAAGUCAAAACAGUGUCUUUAUCAGGACUGCAUCAUGCACAGAUUGAAGAAACUGCAAAAUCGGAAUUUGAAAUCAGAGUGACUCCAGUUUCGUUGUCUGGCACAAGUGUGAACACAGAUUCUGCUCCAUAUAAUGAAAGUAAUUAUUAUCCCAAAUUCAAAGAUAUCCCUGAAAUCACAAAGACAACGGUAUCAACACUAACCCAGGACUCCAAAAUAUAUAGAAUAUCUCACGAUCGUUUCGUUCUCGCUGAACUAACUCCUGCAGUAGAGGAAACUAAAACUGACAGAUCCACUCUGUAUGGCUCAUCAGAUGCCAGCGUGAUACUUCUGAAGACAGCAUCUGGGUUAAAUAGCAAACGGGAAGUGCAAACUAUAAUGAUGGGCAACCAGGAGUCAGACAGCAGUGGUGAUUUCCAAGGGACCUUUACUGGACCAAAUUUGGAGGAGAUGCCUUCACAAUCCCGCAGCCGAAGAAGCUGGAUCUGGAACCAGUUUUUUGUGAUAGAGGAAUAUAGUGGACCAGAACCGGUGCUGAUUGGACGGCUUCAUUCAAGUGUGGACAGAGGUGAUGGACGAACCAAAUACAUAUUAAAAGGUGAGGGGGCCGGUUCGGUUUUCGUCAUUGACAGCAGAACGGGGAACAUCCACGUCACCAAACCCCUAGACCGUGAGGAAAAGGACCAGUACCGCCUUAUCGCCACGGCAACAGACCGACAGACCGGCCGAGCCCUGGAGCCUUCAUCCCAGUUCAUCAUUCGUGUGCAAGACAUCAACGACAACCCGCCUGUGUUCCAGGGCGGUCCGUAUAGCGCCACCAUCCCUGAGAUGGCCAACAUUGGCACAUCGGUUAUUCAAGUGACAGCCACAGAUGCUGAUGACCCAACGUAUGGGAAUAGUGCCAAACUUGUGUAUUCAGUGAUUCGAGGCCAGCAGUACUUCACCAUGGACCCGCAGUCAGGUAUCGUGCACACAGCGGUGCCUGAUAUGGACAGGGAAGCUCAGGCGCAGUACCAGGUGGUGAUCCAGGCAAGAGACAUGGGUGGCCAUCAAGGGGGUCUGACAGGGACCACCACUCUCACUGUGCACCUCAGUGACGUCAAUGACAACCUGCCCCGCUUCACUCAAAGUAUGUGGUCAUUUUCUGUCUCUGAACUGGCCAUCCCUGGGGUAGAGAUCGGUCGUCUGUCGGCAACAGAUGCAGACCUGGGUGAAAACGCUCGGAUGGAUUUUAUGAUCGUGGACGGAGAGGCAGGGGACACCUUCAACAUAACUGGAUUGAACCAGGAGGCUGUGAUUUUGUUAAACAAGGCCGUGGACUACGAGAGGCGAAGCACCUACUCUCUUGCGGUGGAGGUGCAAAACCCAAACGUGGACUCGCGGUUCCUCAGACGAGGUCCGUUCAAGGACCGUGCAAUGGUGCGCAUCACGGUUCUGAACGCAGACGAGCCGCCGAAAUUCUCCCGCUCGCGGUACCGGCUGGAUGUGUCGGAAAACUGCCCUCCGGCAUGUGUGGUGGGAAGAGUGGCCGCCGUGGACCCGGAUACAGGCCUUAGUAACAACAUCAAGUACUCAAUUGAUCCCGAGUCGGACCCCGAGGCGCUGUUCCGUAUCGCCUCUGACAAUGGCCUCAUCACCACCACCGUGGAAUUGGAUCGGGAACAGGAGCAAUGGCAUAACAUUACCGUCAUCGCCACACAGAGAGGUACCAGAACUCCUCUGCACCGCCGCCGCUCUUAA